GAGUGCCAGAGAAUUCCGGAGACUUUCCACAUGUGAAAAAAACAUGGGGACACUAUUUAGAUGUUUUUUAUCUAGCUAGUAUUUGUUCUUCGGUCAGCACCAAGAAAUAACAAUCUUUAGCGUUUUCUGCGAAUGACUUAACAUAUUAUCUUAACCUGAAUUCAACAUUUGUCGCGCUAGCAAACUUUUCAGCUCUCAAGUUAGGCAGCUAAUUUAAAUUAGCCACCUUGGUAACAUCUAGCUAGCUAGGUAAGUUAGCUAUCUAUCAUGGAUAACUCGGACGAAAAUUCGGUACAAUUCCACGGGGAUGAAGAGAUUAUAGAAGUCAUCGACCUUAACGAAACAGAGCAAAACCCAGAUGAUUUGGCGGAUGAGUUCGAGGACGUGGACGUCGGAGAGACUGAGGACGGAGACGAUAAACAGGAAGACUGGGAUACCGACGACGAGAUGGAGCAGGAAAAGGAACAAGAUGACAGCGAACUCACCUUUUCCAAACACACGGGCUCCGUGUUCUGUGUGAGUCUGGACCCAGCCACAAACAGCUUGGCUGUGACCGGAGGAGAGGACGACAAGGCCUAUGUCUGGAGAGUGAGUGACGGGGAAGUGCUGUUUGAAUGUACAGGCCAUAAGGACUCCGUGACGAGUGUUUUAUUCAGCCAUGAUUCUUCCCUGGUGGCCACGGGGGACAUGAGCGGGCUGAUCAAGGUCUGGAAGGUGGAGACCAAGCAGGAGGUGUGGUCCUUCGAGGUGGGAGACCUGGAGUGGAUGGAGUGGCACCCCUGCGCCCCGGUGCUGCUGGCGGGCAUGGCGGACGGUAACGUUUGGAUGUGGAAGAUCCCAGGGGGUGACUGUAAGACCCUGCAGGGCCCCGGCUGCCAGUCGACCAGUGGAAAGGUCCUGCCAGACGGGAAGAGAGCUGUGGUGGGCUAUGAAGAUGGGAACGUACGACUUUGGGACCUCAAGCAGGGAAACGCCACCCAUGUGAUUAAAGGUCAUGAUGGACACCAGGGGGCGCUGACGUGCCUGGCCUGUAACAAGGACGGCUCUCUGGUGCUGACGGGCUCCGUGGACGGCCGUGCCAAGCUCAUCAACACUGCCACUGGCAAGGUGGGCAGCGGGCACUACUGCAUGAUGGAGAACACAUAACUACUGUAUUAUAGAGAACA